CCGAGCUGGAAAUGGUGAUGAAUCUUUUUUAAUCAAAGGACAAUUUCUUUUCACUGCACUUUGACUAUGGAAACAGAGGCAAUUGAUGGCUAUAUAACGUGUGACAAUGAGCUUUCACCUGAAAGGGAGCACUCUAAUAUGGCAAUUGACCUCACCUCAAGCACACCCAAUGGACAGCAUGCUUCACCAAGUCACAUGACAAGCACAAAUUCAGUAAAGCUAGAAAUGCAGAGUGAUGAAGAGUGUGACAGGAAACCCCUGAGCCGCGAAGACGAGAUCAGGGGCCAUGAUGAGAGUAGCAGCCUAGAAGAACCCCUAAUUGACAACAGUGAGGUGAUCGACAACAGGAAAGUCCAGGAGCUUCAAGGCGAGGGAGGAAUCCGGCUUCCGAAUGGUAAACUGAAAUGUGACGUCUGUGGCAUGGUUUGCAUUGGGCCCAAUGUGCUUAUGGUACAUAAAAGGAGUCACACUGGUGAACGUCCCUUCCACUGUAACCAGUGUGGCGCUUCCUUUACUCAGAAGGGCAACCUUCUGAGGCACAUAAAGUUACACUCUGGAGAGAAGCCGUUCAAAUGUCCUUUCUGCAGCUACGCCUGUAGAAGAAGGGACGCCCUCACAGGACACCUCAGGACCCACUCUGUGGGUAAACCUCACAAGUGCAACUACUGUGGACGAAGCUACAAGCAGCGGAGUUCACUGGAGGAGCACAAGGAACGCUGCCACAACUAUCUGCAGAACGUUAGCAUGGAGGCUGCGGGGCAGGUCAUGAGUCACCAUGUACCUCCUAUGGAAGAUUGUAAGGAACAAGAGCCUAUUAUGGACAACAAUAUUUCUCUGGUGCCUUUUGAGAGACCUGCUGUCAUAGAGAAGCUCACGGGGAAUAUGGGAAAACGUAAAAGCUCCACUCCACAAAAGUUUGUGGGAGAAAAGCUCAUGCGAUUCAGCUACCCAGAUAUUCACUUUGAUAUGAACUUAACAUAUGAGAAGGAGGCUGAGCUGAUGCAGUCUCAUAUGAUGGACCAAGCCAUCAACAAUGCAAUCACCUACCUUGGAGCUGAGGCCCUUCACCCUCUGAUGCAGCACCCGCCAAGCACAAUCGCUGAGGUGGCCCCAGUUAUAAGCUCAGCUUACACUCAGGUCUAUCAUCCAAAUAGGAUAGAAAGGCCCAUUAGCAGGGAAACCUCUGAUAGUCAUGAAAACAACAUGGAUGGCCCUAUCUCUCUCAUCAGACCAAAGAGUCGACCCCAGGAAAGAGAGGCCUCUCCCAGCAACAGCUGCCUGGAUUCUACUGACUCAGAAAGCAGCCAUGAAGACCGCCAGUCCUACCAAGGAAACCCUGCCUUAAACCCCAAGAGGAAACAAAGCCCAGCUUACAUGAAGGAGGAUGGCAAAGCUUUGGAUACCGCCAAGGCUCCUAAGGGCUCUCUGAAGGACAUCUACAAGGUCUUUAAUGGAGAAGGAGAACAGAUUCGAGCCUUCAAGUGUGAACACUGCCGAGUCCUUUUCCUAGACCACGUCAUGUACACCAUUCACAUGGGUUGCCAUGGCUACCGGGACCCACUGGAAUGCAACAUCUGUGGCUAUCGAAGCCAGGACCGUUACGAGUUUUCAUCACACAUUGUUCGAGGGGAGCACACAUUCCACUAGGCCUUUCCAUUCCAAAGGGGACCCCUGUGAAGUACAGAACUGCACAUGAAGAAAUUACUGCACUUACAAUCCCACCUCCCUCCGAUGUUGACACACCCUUUUUCUUUUUUAAUAUUAUUACUGUCAAUAAUUCUUAUUUUGUGGACACAGUGUCAUUUGCUCUGCCUAAUUACAAGGAGGAAGACACAGAAGAGUGAAGGGUCAGGGGGGUAUUGUUUCUUGCUAACUUGUCCAUUUUUGUUGCACAUAGGCAUAAGAUGUGUUCACUCUUUGGAAAAAAAUCACUCAAUUCAUAUAGAUUGACCUAAGAGAGAUUCUAAUUUGCUACUGAUAUUCAGGAUGAUGAUUGAAGCCAGGAAAUUUUAAGAGUUUUCUGGAUAAGACUUCCACAGUU